CAAACAUCAACAUUAUUAGUGACGCGGUUCAUUUCUGCGUGGAUUUGGAUUAAUUGAUACUCAUCAUUAGGACUGCUGGCAGCUGCGUUCAGAGUACAGUGUUUGACUCGUGUGUUUAUUAUAUAAUAUUUAGUAGUUCAAGAUGGAAGUGAAGGUUAGAGGAAGAGGAGGAAAGAGAGGGAGCCAGUCAUGUGCGUAAAUGGAAAUAAUGCGCAAAGUGUUUUCGUUGCGAUGUUGUUCUUUCUUUUUGCAUUAUGUGUGUGUGUGUGUGUGUGUGUGUGUGUGUGUGUGUGAGUGAGAGAAAGAGAGAGGGAGAAGGAGAGUUUGUGCACGCGUGCUUGUUUGUAACGGAGGGGGAGAAGUCCGUCUGCUUUAUUGGACUGUAUUUGCAUGAAACGAAGUCAUUAUAUAAACAGUUGUUCUAUAUGUUGUUUUUUAGUGUAUAAGUGUUUCUAUGAGUCGCAGCCUCUCGGAGUGCGUGCAUGCGUGCGUGAGCGUGCGUAAAGACCGACAGGCUCGAGCGCUUCAUUUCCAUUCACCGGGGACCCCUGCGCGCAACAAGAGCCCCCCAUGGGUGCAAUAGUGCAAGCGCAGACGACGGUGAUUGGCCAGAGGUUGAUCAGAUGGUACACUUCCCCUCUGUGUUCAGUGGCACCUCACAACCCCCCCUUUCAGCAAAAACCAAAUCUCGGAUAAAGUAAUGUCAAAACCACUUGGACUAUAAAAGACAACAAAUCAUAUUCCUCCGGAGUAUAUACACCCCGUUGUCCACCCAAUGAGUUCCUAUUUUGUUAACUCAACUUUUCCCGUGUCUCUGCCGGGAGGACAGGACUCUCUCCUGGGUCAGAUACCGUUAUAUUCCUCGGGAUACACCGAUCCGUUAAGACACUACUCCAACGCGGCCACAUAUGGAGCAGCCAACAUGCAGGAGAAGGUUUACCCUGCGUCCUACUACCAGCAGACGGGCGCAGCGGCCGCGGCCAUCUACGGAAGGGCCGGCGGCGGAGCGCCCUGCGACUACAACCCGGUCGGGACUUUCUACAAGGACGCGGAGGGCUCGUGCGCUUUCUCGAGCCGCGACGAGCAGCCGCUGUUUGUCAGUCAGGAGCAGCGCAAAGCGGAGUGCCCGGAGCAGGCUGUCAGUAUGAGCAGCAGCCUCGACGACAAGUCCUCCACUCUGAUCUACCCCUGGAUGCAGAGGAUGAACGCCUGCUCCGCCGACACACCACUACAGAUUUCGAGUGCACUCUCAGGUCCAUUUGGAAACAGUGGCCGCAGGGGCCGACAGACCUACACCCGCUACCAGACUCUGGAGCUGGAGAAGGAGUUCCACUUUAACCGCUACCUGACCAGGAGGCGCCGGAUAGAGAUCUCCCACGCGCUGUGUCUGACGGAGAGACAGAUCAAAAUCUGGUUUCAGAACCGCAGGAUGAAGUGGAAAAAGGAGAACAAACUCCUCAAUCCUUCAAAGACACCCGAGGAGGAGGAGCAGGCGGACAAGAAGAGCUAAAAAGGACACUGAAUAAAAAGGCAUGUGUGCGCGUGUUUGUGCGCACACUCCCAACGUAAAAUGAUGUAUUAUUUCUUUGUAGAUAAAGUGCUACAAACCCCAAGUUAGAGACGUGUAGAGUGACUUUAAUUCAGUAUCUGCACGGUGAUAAUGUCUGCAUUAGAGGUUCAAAUCAGGUCCUCCUCUGUUCGUCCUUGUGAUCGUGAUUUUAUUUAGGGGACUAUGCAAAAAUCCGCCAAAUGUAAAUACCUUUCAGUGUUUAGUUUUUGACAAUGUUGUUACCUCAUUAUCGUAGGCCUACUGAGUUUUAUUAUUGUUAUUUUUAUGAUAUUAAAAGAGGCUUUUUGUCCUUUACUGAACAUCUUGUGGUGUUAGUUGUUGUAAUAGUCCUUUAAGCUUGUUGUGCCAUCGACUGUACAGAUCAGAAAUGUUAUUGUUAUUUAUUGUUGUUCACCUUGUGUUCAAUGCACCUCUGGAUAUUGUGUGCAAUAUUUUGUUUAGGAAAUUGUACAUAGAAAUAAAGGCUUUUUGAUGUA